CUGCAGAAGAUGCCGGGAGACGGAGUGCUCUUGGGUCUUGAGGGAGACCUUUACAAAGACCUGUCCUUUCCCGCCAAGGAUGAGUCACUCUUCUUUAACUACUCUACUCCACUGGCCCAUUUCAGAGGAGAGAUUUGUUGGCUGAGACCUCAGGAGAUUUGUUCAAAUCCUCGGCUGUUUUCAGACAAUCAGUAUGAAUGGCAAGUGAAGCAAGGGAUGCUGGGAGACUGCUGGUUCCUGUGUGCUUGCGCCGCUCUGCAGAAGAGUAAAUACCUCUUAGCCAAGGUGAUCCCUCCAGGUCAGCCCAGCUGGAGAGAUGAGAAAUACCGGGGCUGUUUUACUUGCCGGAUCUGGCAGUUUGGACACUGGGUGGAAGUCACCAUAGAUGACCGCCUGCCUUGCCUGGGGGGCAAGCUUUGCUUCUCCCAGUGCCAGACGGAAGAUGUGUUCUGGCUCCCCCUGCUGGAAAAGGCCUACGCCAAGGUGCAUGGGUCGUACGAGCAGCUGUGGGCCGGGCAGGUCGCCGACGCUCUGGUGGAUCUGACGGGAGGCCUGGCGGAGCGGUGGGCCCUCAAAGACCCGGGGCGGAGCACAGAAAGGGAGAGGGCGGGCAAAGUCUUGGAGAAGGCAGUCUUCCGGAAGCUGAUGACCCUGAAGGAGAAGUGCGUCAUGAGCUGCUCCGUCUUCAGUUCCCGGCAAGGUACGAGCGAACUGGGGGAGUUCCACGCCUUCAUCGUUGUGGACAUGCAGGAUCUCUCCAAAGUGUCCAGGAAGGAAAUCAUCUUGCUACGGAUUCGCAACCCCUGGGGGAGACGCUGCUGGAAGGGGCCCUGGAGGGAGGGUGGUCCUGGAUGGAGCCAGCUGGACCCAGUGGUAGCUGCUGAACUCUUGUCCCAGAUCCAGGAAGGAGAGUUCUGGGUGGAAGAGGAGGAGUUCUUUGCCGAAUUUGAUGAGAUUAUAACCGGCUAUCCAAUCACUGAAGAGGGACAGCUCCAGAGCCUUUAUACGGACAGGGUGCUGAACCACACGCAGAAGCUGUACGGCUCGUGGGUGAGGGGACAGUCCGCCGGCGGCUGCCGUAACAACAGCACCUUCCCGACAAACCCCAAGUUCUGGCUGAGGGUGUGCGAGCCGAGCGAGGUGUGCAUCGCCCUUCUUCAGAAGCAUCGGAAGUACAGCACCGACUGGGCCGGCCGGGUUCGCAACUGGCCCCGCUUGGUGGAAGCCGACGCUUCCCUGGCGGAUGGAAUCCGAGGGAAGAAUUAUCACGCCGUGGGGCUGCAUAUCUGGAAGGUAGAAAAGAAGAAGUUCAACCUCCCGAGGACCCUGUCCGCUCCCCCGAUUUCCGGCACCGUUUGCCAUUCCUACAACCGGGAAGUUCACCUCCACUGCGACCUGUCCCCAGGCUACUACCUGGUCAUUCCCAGCACUUUUCUGAACGACGCCGAGGGAAACUUCCUGCUCCGGGUCUUCUCCAGCGGGAGAAUCUCCCUCAGUGAGAUAAAACUCUUGCCGCCUGACAACACAGCCCAUGAAGAGCUCCCAGGAGGCGAAUGGGAGACAGCCAUGAUGGAAGGGUGUUGGAGAAAAGGGCAGAAUGCCGGGGGCAGCAGGAACUUUCCUUCCUUCCACACCAACCCCUGCUUUCCCCUUUCCGUCGUCGGCGUGGGGCAGAGCAGAGUGAAGGUCUCUCUCCGCCAGCACUGCCCUGACAACAAGUGCCGCCCGAUUGGGUUUCAUAUCUUCCAGGUCCCCUGCGAUAACAACAACAUGAAGAUGCCGCUCUCGUCUUGCCUGCACUUGGAGCCAGUGGUUAGCUGCGUCCCUCACUGCUACUCUCAGGAAGUCAGUCAGCUGUGCCGGCUCGCCUCCGGAAACUACGCCAUCGUCCCGUCGACGUACCUGCCUGACACGGAAGGCGGUUUCACCUUGAUCGUAGCAACCCAGAUAGACAGGAAAAGCAUUCAGAUUCAGGAGACUUUGGGGCAAAGACUGGAAGAGGUCUCCUUUAAGGCAGUCAUGAAAAUGUAAUUUUGGAUUGGCGCAUCAGCAUCGG